GAUAGUGGUGGUCGUGAUGGUGGGCGAAACUCCAACCUCGAGCUUCACGAUACCUCGCGCGUUUAGUUGGCGCGCGGCACCCCGAAGAUUGGGACGGCGGAUAGAGACACUCCGUGCAAGUAAAAAGAGAGUAGGAUACGAGAAAGAAGAAGCGAGACAGCGACGAGCGACCACACGACGAGUGACGACGACGACGCAAGACGAAGACGAAGACGAUCGAAUCUGAAAAUAAGAAAAAAAGAGUUCCUCUUAAUUUUCUCCGUUUUGUUCUCGCGCGAGCUUGUAGAAUUUUCGAGCCGAGUCUUCCAAGCCGAGUGUGUGCGUCUCAUUGUCUGCCUCGGGGGGGUUGGAGUGAUCCAGGAAUAAGCGACUGUUCGCCGUCGUCAGGUGUCCGAAGAAACGCUCGGCCAGGUGCUGGGACUCGCACCUUUAGAAGGAAAAGCGCUCAUCCUCUUCUGAAGAGGACACUUCAAUAUUCUCAAAAGUUUGUGGAAAGCGAGUAAAGGUGAACGUCGAGCUCAGAAGAAAUCCGCGACAGAAACAGGUUGGAUGGUGCCGCAGGUCGGCGCCAUUUAAACCGACGAACUGGGCGAAGGAGCUGUUUCCUUCCUUAGAUCGCGGGUGUGAACACGCAAACGAGAUCUUCCAGAUCUCGUUGUAAAGACAGGUGCGAAGGCGUGCCUCCACGAUGGGGGUCGCCGAUGACUUCGCGCCCAGCUUUACGCAAAAGCCGCAACUGCGGCAGGAAGACGACGGCAACCGGCUGAUAUUCGAGUGUCAGCUAGUGAGUUCACCUAAACCCGACAUUUCCUGGUUUCGUGGCGAGACCGAACUCAGCGAAGAUGACAGGACCAACUUCAAGGUGCAAAGUGUCGGGACCAAUAAGUUCCUGGUGGUGCUCGAGCUCGACGACGUCAUCGAGACCGACGCAGGCCUCUACAAGGUCAAGGCAAAGAAUAAGAUGGGCGAGGUCGCUGCCUCUAUCAACCUCAACUUUAGUCCAAUGGAUGAGCCUAGAGAGAAACAAAUUGACGGCAUCGCGCCGACUUUCGCGAAGAAACCCGCGAUUAGACAGGAAGACGACGGUAAACGGCUGUUGUUCGAGUGUCGCAUCACAGCCGAUCCCACACCGAAAAUCACAUGGUUUCAUACCGGGAACAUGGUCAAAGAUUCACCGAGGCACAAGCUGACUGUCGAUAAAGAUGGCCACUCGUACUUCGCUACUCUAGAAAUAAAAAACGUGACCGUCGAGGAUGCUGGCAAAUAUAAGGUCACGGCGAAGAACGAGCUCGGCGAGUCUAACGCUACAAUUUCCCUGAAUUUUGACAGCGACGAGGCACCCGUACCGGAUGACGGUAUUAAACCUACCUUCACCGAACGACCGGUGAUUAGACAAUCCGACGACGGUAACACCAUCACCUUCGAAUGCCGACUUGUCGGUGAUCCGAAACCAAGUGUCAAGUGGUAUCACGGUACCGAGGAAGUGAAAGACGGCGGGCGAUUCACCAUGUCACUGGAACUUGAUCAGAAGCUGUACCAUCUUGCAAGACUGAGGAUCGACAAUGUGGCAAAGGGGGAUGCGGGCGAAUACAGGGCCGUGGCAAAGAAUAAGCACGGCCAGGGGGUAGCGACUAUUAAUUUGAACUUCGAAGGUGGCGACAGGCUCAAAAUACCGGACGGUAAGCCGCCGCGUUUUCCGAAGAAGCCGACGAUCCGUCAGGAGGGCGAUUUACUCAUCAUGGAGUGCAUUCUGGAGGCACAUCCGGUACCGGACAUAACAUGGUACCAAGGUCAGAAAACGAUUACCGACAGUAAUCGCGUGAAGAUGUCACGCAAGGCAACCGGCAAGGACACGUAUCUGCUGACCCUCGAGAUCUCAAAUCCGACCAAGGCUGACGGUGGGAAUUACCGUUGCAACGCCUUUAACAACUUCGGCGAGAGUAACGCCAACAUCUCCCUCAACUUCCAAGAGGAGGGCGCGGGUUGCGCUCCGUCCUUUAUUGAGAAACCUCGCAUUAUCCCGAACGAGACCGGUACGCUGAUUACCAUGAAGUGUAAAUGCAAAGCGAAUCCCAAGCCGGAGGUCACAUGGUUCCGCGGUACCAACGUGGUCAAAGAAUCAUCGAAGAUCUCGAUCAAGUCCAAAACGGUUGAGGAAGACGUAUAUGAACUUAUUAUGGAAAUAAAGGAUCCAUCGGCACCGGACGGUGGCACUUAUAGGUGUCACGUGAAGAACGAAUACGGCGAAAGCAACGCUAAUCUGAAUUUGAAUAUCGAGGCGGAACCGGAACCAGAGGGAGACGGGCCGACGUUUGUAGAGAAGCCGCGGAUACAGUCGCAAAACAAAGGCAAGCUCGUCGUCAUGGAUUGCAAAGUGAAGGCGAAGCCGAAGCCACAGAUCGUAUGGACUCAUGCAGGCAAAGUGGUAAAGGAGUCCUCGAAAAUCUCCAUCAGCAUCGUUUCAGAAAAAGAGGACAUUUAUUAUAUUAAACUAACUCUGAACGAUCCUGGACCGGACGAUUCCGGACUCUACAAGUGCAACAUUAAGAAUGAUCUUGGUGAACUCAAUGCCAAUCUUACGCUAAAUGUUGAAAUUGUACCCGUGAUUAAGGAAAAGCCGAAGGUGAUAAAGAUCGUUAAAAAGAAGACGGUCGUAAUUGAAUGUCAUGUUCUUUCUCAAUUCGCGCCUGAUUGCACGUGGUUCAAGGAAACUCAAGCCGUUAAAGAGGAUAAUAGACACAAGUUGCACAUCGAGCAAGUUAAAGAAGGUGAAUUCGCUAUAAAACUCGAAAUUGAACAAAUGUCGACGACAGAUAAAGGCACGUAUAAAUUAGUGGCACGCAAUGAUAAAGGCGAAGCCACAUCACAAGUAGUGGAAGUGACGGAAAUUCCAGACCAAGGAGAAAAACCCAAAAUUGUUACCGGCCUCAAGUCAAUUACCGUCGAGGAAGGUAAAACGGUCGAGCUCGUCGCAACUCUCGCAACGCAAGAUCGAAAAGUCACUGUCACGUGGUAUAAAAAUUCCACAGUCAUCAAAGCGUCAAAGGACAUUAUGAUUUCCUUUAAUGGCUUGGAUAUGAAAUUGACUAUCACCUCGGCAACGACAGAAUUCUCAGGAACGUAUAAAGUCACCGUGAGCAAUGAAUACGGUCAAGAUGAAUCGUCGGCUCGUCUCGUCGUCAACAAAAUGGAGAUCUUACAGAAGGACGAAGAAAUCGUGAAUAAUGUUGAAGAAAGGAAAUCUAUUAAGAAGAAAGCCGCCGAGAAAAUCGAAGACAAAAAGGAAGAAGAAAAGAAAAAGAUUAUAAAAAAGAAAGAACCCGAAUCCAAAGAGGUAUCUCGAGAAACUACGCCUAAAUCUGAGAAAACGGUGACUCGCAAAGAAUCAAUCAGGGUAAGGGUGGAAGAACUUAAGACAGAGAGUCGUCGUAGUUCGAUCAUCAAGACUGAUGAGAAGAUAAUGGAUGAUGGCACCGCGACACCACGACGUCUUUCUAUACAGAAGACCGAAGAAGAAGUCACAGUAGAAAGCAGACGAUCUUCUAUUAUAGAAAAGAAGAAAACGACUGAAAAGGAUGUAUCCGCAUUCAGGCCAAGAGCCAUUUCGCGAAUGAUUGAAAUUGAGAACACACUCACAGCGAAAAUCAAGCCACACACACAUAAAUUCGACGAAGAGAUUCAGGACGUUUGGUCGUCUAAACCGAUAGAACACGAUAGUAAAUCAAUAAGACAUUAUGAGGAAACUACGAAGUCCAGGGCAACUUCUUUCGUUCAUGAAACUGAUCGUAAACCGAAGGUUGCACCUCAAGCUGCAAUUAAGCCACGCGUCCGCGAUUCGGAUGAUGAACGUGAGGAUGUUUGGAGUAUUCACAAUCCGGGAGAACGUGAUAAUGAAUCUAUACCGUACAGAGAUAUGUCAACAGAUAAAACACACAAACCUCACUUACCCGCAGAUACAACACAUUCACGUCAAAAAUCAGAUGAAGACAAACCAAAAGAUAAAAUAUCACAUGACACCAUCGCAAAUAAGACACAUCCACAAAAAUCGGAUAAAGAGAUUGAGGAUAUUUGGGUGAGUAAAGAAUACGACAUUGACUCUAAAAAAUGUGACAAAGAUAUUCUGAAAGAGAAAAAACCACAUGAUACACUUACGAGUAAAGUACUAUCGCGUAAAUAUGACGAUAAUUCAAAAGAUAAAACGCUUUCUCAUGACACAAUACAUAAAAUACAUCCGAAAAAAUCUGACGAAUCGGAUGAAAUUGAGGAUAUUUGUGCGAGCAAAGAACGCGAUAAUGACUCCCCCAAAAAGCAUGAAAAAGUAGACGAUGUUUCGAAAGAGAAAACACCUUUGCGUGAUAUAUCUAGGAGUAAAACACUUGCCCAUAAAUCUGACGAUGUUUCAAAAGAUAAAACAUUUUCUCAUGACACACCUACUUAUAAAAUACAUUUGCAAGAAAAAAUUGAGGAUACAUUGCCGAAAGAACGCGUUGAUUCAAAGAAAUCUAAAGACAUACCAAAAGUUAAGACACUUUUACGCGAUACACCUACAGCUAAACUACAAUUACAAAAACCUGACGAAGUGUCAGAACAGAGAGAGAAAACACAUGACACAUCUAUUCACAAAAUACGUCCACAUAAAUCUAAUGAAAAAAUUGGGUAUAUUUGGACCAAAUCGAAAAAACAUGAUUCUAAGACAUACGGCAAAGAUUUAUCAAAAUUUAAAGACAAAUCGUCUCGUCGUCAAUCUGACGAAAAAAUCGAGGAUAUUUCAUCCAAACGAAGAGAAAACAAACCACACAAAACAGAUGAGGAUACACCGGAAAUUAAGGCUAAAAGACGCGUAUCAAAACCUGAUGAUCAAACUGAAGGAGAUAAAAUAGUUUUGGACAAAAUAAAAGUACGUGAUAUCAAGUCCAAGCCAAAUGAUGAGGACAAAUUGGUGCCGAAAUCGAAAGGACAUGACGAUAAACGCGUUGUACAUGAUAAGGAUACCGUGUGCUUCACGGACAUAUCUCACAAACUUCCACUAGAUCGAGAUGUCAAAACUUACUACACGCACUAUAAUUAUGACGUAUGGGCAAAUCCGCCAAAAUUCAUCGAGCAUGAACGAAAUUUUAUUACAUCUGAUAAGAAUGUUUUAUUACCUACUGUUAAACCACAAACGCACGAAUCCGACGACGAUAUUGAGGAUAUUUGGGUUUCGAGAAUCGAGGACGACGCGCCUAAAUCAAUCAAAAAAUUGGAGGAUUCGCGAGUUUCCAAAGUUGCGCCGUAUAAAAAUGGAGUUAAAAUAGAGGAACUUACAUUCACACCUGCGCCUAAACUUGCAUCCAAAUCUAAGGACAGCAUAAGCAAACCCAAAGAGUCCAGGGAGGGCGAUAUACCUGAAUACGAAAAAAGCGAGAUUAAACCCAAAGAGAAGACUAAAGAUAUUAACUCUACAUUUGACAAGGAAGAAGUGCCCAAGAAAAAGGUGUCCACUAGACGUAGAUCGUCGAUUAAGUCAACGGAAGGAUCCGAGGACCAAGAACCAGUAUUGAAACCAAAGAAGAAAAAACCUAAAUCCGCGGAUGAAUCUAAGAAAGAGGAACCGACCACAAAACCGAAAACUCCCGGGAAACCUGAAACUCCGAAGGAGGAAGUCAAGCCUAAACCGGGAGAGGCGAAGAUGGAACCAAAAGCCAAACCUAAAGCAGAGGAAGUAAAGAAAGUACACUUUUACAAAUCCAAACCAGACGAAUCAAAGGAGGAAGCGAAAGCUAAACCUAAACUAGAGGAACUAAAGGAAGCGCCAAAGGCGAAGUCUAAAUCGAGCGAAAUAAAGGAGGAACCAAAAGCUAAAAUUAAAGAGGAAGAUGUAAAGGUUGAAGAAAAGCCUAAGGCAAAACCAGGGGAAGUCAAGGAAACACCGAUGGCUAAACUUAAACCAAACGAAUUAAAGAAAGAGGAACCUGCAACAAAACUUACAUCUAAACCAGUAGAACCGAAGAAAGAAGAAGAGAUCACUAAGAAAGGUCUGAAAUCCGUCAAGCAACUCGAGGAGGAGAAGAAAACUCAAGAAAAAGUCGAGCUUAAGAAAACUGAAAAGACGGAAAAGGUCGAUGCGAAGAAGGCAAAGGCAACGAAGGCAGCGAAGGACGCAGGUUACGAGCUCCCGGAAAUUCCGGAUUAUGAAAGGGCUGUUCUGGAGAAACCUCAAGAAUUUGAUUUUGGCGAAUAUGUUCCUCGCGAUAAAACGAAACUCGAAAGACCGGUCACACAGAAACUCGAUUCUAAGCCGAAGUUACCAGAAAUUAAAGCGCCCGAAACACCCAAGAUUGAAGUUAUCAAAGACGUGACACCGGUCGGCAGCAGGAAGGGCUCUUUAGCACCCGGAAGCGGUGCUGGCAGUCGACGUGGUUCGCUCAUACCGCCCGAGGAAUUGGGUCGUAGGCCCAGCUUGAUCAUUAGUGACGAGGAGCAUAGGAAGCUUCGUCCCGGCGAGGUGCUGGACGAGCGCAAGUUGGGAAAGUUACGGCCCGGUGAGGUUUUCGAAACAAAGACUAAGCCCGGCCGACUAGGCGCGCUGCCAGAAAAAGAGCGUCGUCGUCCGAGUACAGCGGACAUCAGAAGACCCAGCGUGGCGGACCUCGAGAAUAGGAUCAAUUUACCUAGUACACCUCUGCGAGAUGUUGGACCAGGUGGACCACCCCAGAUCGUCGAUGUUCAGGAAUCGUACUCCGCCGUCGAAGACUCGACGGCGUAUCUUACCGUCGCGGUGGAAGGCACGCCCGCGCCAACUUUCAAAUUCUACAAGGGUAUUACCGAGAUCAUCGAGGGUGGCCGCUUCAAGUUCCUCACUGACUCGGAGACCAACACGAUCACCCUCUGCAUGAGGAAGACGAAACCCAACGACGAGGGCACUUACAAGAUCGUCGUGAGCAACAUCCAUGGCGAAGAUUCCGCCGAGAUGCAGCUCUAUGUUUCCGACGCCAGUGGCAUGGACUUCCGUGCUAUGUUGAAGAAGAGGAAAUAUCAAAAGUGGGCGCGAGAAGAAGCUGAGCAAGAAAAAGUAGAUUUGAAGGAAGUAGAGAAGCCCAUGCCGGCAUUGAAAAAAGUGGAAAAGAAACAAGAAAGUUUCCUGAAGCCACUGGUAGAUCAGUAUGCCAAGGAAGGCAAAGAUAAGAAGGUCGUCUUCGAAGCGAACUUUUCGAAACCGAACUGCAAGCCGAAAUGGUUCUUCCGAAAAGACGAAUUAUUCCCAUCGGCGAAAUACAAAUUUAAAAACGAGGAGGAUUGCUAUCAGCUCGUUAUUUCUGGACCCAAAGUCGAAGACACUGGAAAAUAUACGAUCGAAAUUGCUGGCGUAUCCAGUACAGCUUUUCUCAAUGUAGAUGAACCUGAUCCAACGUUUACCUUCCUAAAGCCGUUAUCGAAAAAGACUAGCGGCUUUACAAAGCACGAAACUUACAUGGAAUGUACAGUUAGUUCUAAUAUGGCACAAGUUUCCUGGUAUAAAGGCAAAACGAAACUUGAGGAUGGAGAUCAGUAUAGUAUUUCCAAAGAUAUGUCCGGCGUGUGCCGGCUGGCGAUCAGGAGCGCAACUCUCGAAGAUAGUGGCGAAUACGCUUGCAAAAUAAACAAGCAGACGGACAAGACCGAAACCAUACUCACUAUAGUCGAAUAUCCUUACAAGUUCGUCAAAGUGCUGAAACACCAGCAGUUGAUAGAAAAGGAAACCUUGACAUUACUUUGCGAACUGGAUGAUGCCGCGGGUGAAGUCCAAUGGUUCAAGGGUGACCAAGCAAUCACGCCUGACAAAAGAGUACAAAUUAAGGAAGAAGGCAGGAAACGAAAACUCAUUAUUAAAGAUUGUAAAGUCACCGAUGCCGGACUUUACUCUUGCGUGAGUAACGCAGACAAGACCGAAGCUGAAAUUGUGAUAAACUAUGCCAAUCGCUUCAAUAAGAAGUUGAAGGAUACUGUCGCGGUUGAAAGAGAGAAGUUGGUGCUGGACGUCGAACUUCAAGAUCAGACCGCGCCAGCUGUAUUCUACUUUAACGGCGAGAAGAUCGAACCUAAUGAGAGAGUGGAGAUCAAGAAUUUGGGCGGCGGUAAGCAUCAGUUGGUCUUCAAUAAGUUGGAAAUGGCAGACGAUGGCGAAAUCAUGUGCGAGAGUGGUCAGUUAACGAGCAGUUGUAAACUCACUGUGAAGAAGGGCGAAAGCAAGCCGAUUGUUGACUUCCCUGACAAAGUCGAAGGACCCUGCAGCGCUCCAUUGGUCUUUGUCGUGCCUUUCAAAAUUGAUGGCACCAAGCAGAGUCAAGUGGAAGCAAAACUGAUGAAAGACGGCAAACCUCUACCUCUCAAGGACGUUGAAAUUGUCGUUGGUGAGGAUAAAAUCACAUAUAAAAUCAAGAAACCUCAACGCGAAUCGUCUGGUAUCUACCAGAUUAAAAUUGGCAAUAACCAGGGUGAAGAAGUAAAGGAUGUCAAUAUUGUUAUGCAAGACGUUCCAUCUCCACCGUACGAUGUUGAAGUUAACGAGAUUUUCCAAAAUUCCUGCGUCGUAUCCUUCAAACCGUCGAAGGAUGAUGGCGGCGCACCCAUCACGAAAUAUGUUAUUGAACGCCUCGAUCUUAGCUUAAAGUCUCAAUGGGAUAGCGUGGGUGAAGUCAUAUCUGGCGAAAAAUGUGUCUACAAAGUCGAAGAUCUAAUUGCGAAGAGGGAAUACAAGUUCCGCAUACGAGCAGUGAAUAAACUCGGUUCCAGCGAACCGGCAAUGUUCGGCAAACCAGUCUUAGCCAAGGAUCCAUGGGAUGAACCAGGCAAACCCACAAAUGUCGACGUAACUGAUUGGGACAAGGAUCACGCUGAUCUGACAUGGACAAAGCCUGACAAUGAUGGCGGUGCCCCGAUUACUGGCUAUAUAAUUGAGUACAAGGAGAAGUUUGGCAAGGAAUGGGUAGCGGGCAAAGAGAUUGAAGGCGAUGUGACUCAAGCGACUAUUGACGGUCUCAAAGAAGGCACGCAGUACGAGUUUAGGAUACGAGCAGUAAACAAAGCAGGUCCUGGUGAACCGUCUGAUGCCACUAAACCAAUUAUCGCCAAGUCCCGAUUUGUUAAGCCAUAUAUUGUCGGCGAUGGUCUUACAAACUUAGUCGUCAAAAAGGGUCAAGUCAUCAAGUACGAUAUCAAGUACGCUGGCGAGCCAGAACCAGAGGUGCACUGGUUCCUGGGCCAGAAGGAGAUAAUUCAGGAUACGGCCGAAAGAAUCACGAUCGACAAAUACGAAAGAAAUACCGUACUGACAGUUAGGAAGACCACUAGACCUGAUUCCGGAAAAUAUAAAUUGGUAUUGACGAACAGUUCUGGCACCUGCGAAAGCGUUGCCGACGUUGUUGUUCUUGACAAGCCGUCGAUUCCGCAAGGACCUCUCAAAGUGGAGGAAGUCCGCUCUGAUCACGUUAAAGUUAAAUGGGAUACGCCGGAGGAUAACGGCGGUACCGAUAUCACAGGCUAUGUAUUGGAAAAGAUGGAUCUGGAUACUGGACGAUGGAUUCCAGCCGGAGAAACUGGCCCCAACGAGAAGAUUUUCACGUUCUCUGGUCUAACGCCCAAGAAGAAAUAUAAGUUCCGUGUCAAAGCGGUCAAUAAGGAAGGCGAAUCCGAACCUUUAGAAGUCGAGGAAGCUAUCCUCGCGAAAAAUCCUUACGAUGAGCCCGGCAAACCUGGCAAGCCGCAAAUCUUUGAUUAUGAUAACGUCAGUGUAUCUUUGAAAUGGGAGAAACCACAGAGCGACGGUGGCAGAGCGAUCACUCACUAUACUGUCGAGAUAAAGGACAAAUUCGCCGUCGACUGGGUUGAGGUAAUGAAGACUACCGACUCAACACCUGAGGCUAAAGUUGAAGGCCUUAAAGAAAAGAUGGUGUAUCAAUUUCGCGUUCGCGCUCACAAUAAGGCCGGCUCUAGCGAGCCAAGCGAACCUACAGACAAUCAUCUGUGCAAACACCGGAAUUUGAGACCGAGAAUCGACCGAACCAAUUUCAAAUCAGUCAUUAUCAAAGCUGGUCGCACCCAUAAAUGGUCUGUGGAUGUAUCUGGUGAACCUCCACCGGAGACCAGAUGGAUCUGGAGAGAUAACAUCCCAUUAACUACCACUGAACGCAUUAAGAUCGAGAAUGUCGAGUAUCACACGGACUUUACGAUCGUGAAUGCAAUGCGCAAAGAUACCGGAAAGUACACGCUUGUUGCUGAAAAUGCUAAUGGCAAAGACGAAGAAACCGUCGAGCUUACCGUACUCGGAAAACCGGAUGCUCCUAAAGGACCUCUGGAAGUCAGCGAUGUUACCAAUACCUCGGCAAAGGUGAAAUGGGAGAAACCAGAGGAUGAUGGUGGUGUGCCAAUCAAAGAGUACGAAAUCGAGAAGAUGGACACAAAGACUGGUAAAUGGGUCAGAGUCGGCAAAGUGCCUGGAAAUUCGCCGAAUACUGAAUUUGAAGUCACUGGAUUGAAUCCUGGAAGCGAAUACAAGUUCCGCGUAACAGCUGUCAAUGACGAGGGUGAUUCGGAGCCUCUAGAGAGUGAACGUGGCGUUAUUGCCAAGAAUCCUUAUGAUGAACCUUUGAAGCCUGGAACGCCUGAAGUCACUGAUUAUGAUAACGAAUCUGUAAGUUUGAAAUGGGCUCCACCAGAAUUCGAUGGAGGAGCGCCUAUCGAAAAGUAUAUUAUCGAGAAAAAAGAUCGGUACAAGCCCGAUUGGGAAAAAGCUAUCGAAGUACCUGGAAAUCAACUUGAAGGCAAAGUACCUGAUUUAAAGGAAAGGGGCGAGUAUCAAUUCCGAGUUAUUGCUGUAAACAAAGCUGGACCCUCGCCUCCAUCCGACGCGUCAAAGAUGCAGAUCUGCAAACACAAAGCUCUGAAGCCGAGAAUCGACAGAACGAACUUGAAACCGAUUGUCGUACGAGCCGGUAAAACUGUUAAGUACGACGUGGAUGUACGUGGCGAACCACCGCCGGAAAUCAAAUGGUAUCACGUCGGCAAUGAAGUAAAAUCCGGUGAGAACAUUGAAAUCGUCAAUGUUGAUUACAAUACGAAGCUCACUAUUACCGACAGUCUGCGCAAAAAUACUGGCGUAUGGAAGAUCAAGGCUGUCAAUCCUCAUGGUGAAGAUGAGGCGGAAGUUGAAGUGACGAUAUUAUCGGCUCCCGGAAAGCCAAAAGGACCGCUUAAAGUGGCGGAUGUCACGAAGAACAGUUGCAAACUCAAAUGGGGCAAACCGGAAGACGAUGGUGGCAAACCGGUCACUGGAUACCAAGUGGAGAAAUUGGAUAAAUCAACAGGCAGAUGGAUACCAGUUGGUCGUACCGCGGAUACCGAGAUGGACGUAAAGGGUCUUCAGGAAGGACACGAGUAUGAGUUUAGAGUAAAGGCUCUAAAUGAAGAAGGAGAAUCGGAACCACUUACGUCAGACGGCUCUACACUUGCAAAGAAUCCUUAUGAUGUUACAAGUAAGCCUGGAACACCGGAACUCGAAGAUUGGGACGUCGAUCGCGUUGAUCUCAAAUGGGAACCUCCAAAAGAUACUGGCGGUGCGCCAAUCACCGGUUACAUUAUUGAAAAAAAGGAGAAACCUUCUUCGCAAUGGGAGGAAGCUCUUGUCACCGAUUCGCCACAACCAAAAGGUCGUGUUACCGGUUUGAAAAAAGGUUCCACUUAUCAGUUCCGUGUUCGUGCUGUUAAUAAGGCUGGACCAUCGGAACCUAGCGACCCGACCAAGCCGCACAUUGCAAAAGCAAGAUUCCUGAAACCGCACAUCAAUCGUGAUAAGCUGCAGACUAUCAAAGUAAGAGCAGGUCAACUAGUGAAGUUGGAAGUUGACGUCGAAGGUGAACCUCCUCCAACAGUUACAUGGAGUUUCGCUGGUGCACCACUUCAAACUGGAGCCAAUGUUAAAAUUGAUAACGAAGACUACCUCACUAAGAUUCAGUUAACCAACACCAGUCGAAAGUUAACUGGAAAAUAUACUAUCAAGGCUGUGAAUGAUUCCGGACAAGAUGAGGCUGAUGUAGAAAUUAAUAUUCUUGACAAGCCUGGAAAGCCGGAAGGACCACUAGAAGUGACCGACGUGCACAAGGAGGGCUGCAAAUUGAAGUGGAGUAAGCCGAAAGACGAUGGUGGACUUCCCCUGUCCAGUUACAUAGUAGAAAAAAUGGAUGUGACGACAGGUCGUUGGGUACCAGCCGGUAUCGUGGACCCUGAUAAAACUGAACACGCAGUUACCGGUUUGGAACCUGGCCAUAAAUACGAAUUCCGUGUGAAGGCUGUGAACGAAGAGGGAGAAUCAGAACCUCUGCAAACCGACGUUGCCAUCGUAGCUAAAAAUCCAUAUGAUGCUCCAGCGGCGCCUGGACUUCCAGAGAUUGUCGAUUGGUCGGAGAAUAUGGUAAAGCUUAAGUGGGAACCACCAAUAAGAGACGGCGGUGCACCAAUUACUGGAUAUAUCAUCGAAAUGAAGGAUAAAUUCGGUACUAAUUUCGUGAAGGCUGCUGAAGUGCAAGGGCCCGUAUGUACUGGCACAGUUCCACGUUUAGAAGAAGGCAAUCAGUAUCAAUUCAGAGUACGCGCCAUUAAUAAAGCUGGACCUGGUGAACCUAGCGAGGCUACCAAUCCGCACACCGCUAAAGCUCGUUGGUUGAAACCGUUUAUUGAUCGUACGAAUCUGCAACCCAUAACGGUAAAAGUUGGCCUUACCGUAAGUCUGGAUAUAAACAUUAUUGGCGAGCCGCCGCCAAAAGUUACUUGGACCUUCAAAGAUAAGGAGCUCGUAUCAGAUGACACGAUACGAAUCGACAAUGUUGAUUACAACACGAAAUUCUUUAUACUAAAAACUAAACGCGCACAUACCGGCAAAUACGUGAUCAAUGCGAAGAACGAAGUCGGCGAGGAUACUGCUGAAGUAGAAAUCACUGUUCUUGGCAAACCCAGCAAGCCAAAAGGUCCCUUGGAAGUGAGUGAUGUUAACAAACAUGGCUGUAAACUCAAAUGGGACAAACCCGAAGAUGAUGGUGGUUCACCGGUCGAAUACUAUGAGAUCGAGAAGCUGGAUCCUCUUACUGGACAAUGGGUACCUUGUGGUCGUAGUACCGAACCUGAAGCAACCAUUACAGGAUUGCAGGAAGGUAAACCAUAUAAAUUCCGCGUGAAAGCUGUCAAUAGAGAAGGAGAAUCCGAUGAUUUGGAAGCUGACAAGUCCAUCAUAGCAAAAAAUCCAUUCGAUGAACCGGGUAAACCUGGUCGACCAGAACUCAAGAACUGGGACAAAGACUUUGUCGAUCUCGAAUGGACUCCUCCCAAGGAUGACGGUGGUGCGCCGAUCGAGAAGUACGUUGUGCAGAUGCGAGAUAAAGAAGGCAGACAAUGGGUAGAUGUUGCUAAGGUUCCGGGAGACCGAACGGCCGCUAAAGUGACUGACGGUAUCCAGGAGGGUCAUGAAUACGAAUUUAGGAUCGUGGCGGUCAAUAAAGCUGGACCUGGCGAGCCCAGCGAUACUUCAAAAAGCGUCGUGGCUAAACCUCGAUUCUUGGCACCGCAUAUUGAUCGUAAAAAUCUCCACAAGAAAGUCAUGCGAAUUGGCCAGAUGCUGCGACUUGAGGCUGACAUCAAGGGUGAGCCGCCACCAGUUGUUACGUGGAAACUCAAGGAUAAGGUGCUGAAGAGCAUGGAUCGACUCAAGAUUGAGAACGAGGAUUAUCAUACUAUGUUCAUCCUCAAUAAGCUUCAGCGUUCGGAUACCGGCACGUACACCGUUAUUGCCAAGAAUGACAGUGGCACUGAUCAGGUCGACGUCGAGCUUCAGGUUCUAAGUAAGCCUGGCAAACCGAAAGGACCGCUUGAAGUGUCUGAUGUGACGGCCGAGGGUUGUAAGCUGAAAUGGGACAAACCCGAUGAAGACGGUGGCGAACCGGUUGAUCAUUAUGUCAUCGAAAGGAUGGAUGUGGACACUGGACGUUGGGUACCAUGCGGUACCAGCAAAAUUCCAGAAGCAGACGUGUCUGGAUUAAACGAGGGCAAGGAUUAUCAAUUCCGUGUCAAAGCUGUCAACUCCGAGGGCGAAUCCGAACCUCUAGAAACGUCCAUACCGACAACCGCCAAAAAUCCUUAUUCUGAACCCGAUGCGCCCGGCAAACCCGAAUUGAAGGACUGGUCGAAGAAUCAUGUUGACUUGAAAUGGAAAGCCCCGAAGAAGGAUGGCGGUGCACCAAUUGAAAAAUAUAUUAUUGAAAAGAAAGAUCAGUAUGGCAAAUGGCAGAAAGCCGCGGAAGUUCCGGGUAACAAAACCGAAGCCAAAGUGCCAGAUCUUGUGGAGGGUCAAAAAUAUCAAUUCCGAGUUAAGGCCGUGAACAAAGGUGGCCAGAGCAAGCCCAGCGAGCCCAGCGAAACCCUGAUCGCUAAGGAUCGCUACGCCGCGCCCAAGAUCGAUCGCACAAACCUGAAGGAUAUCACAAUCAAGGCCGGUAAUGUCAUUCGGCUGGACGUCAAAGUUACGGGUGAACCACCGCCAAGUAAGACUUGGUUCCUGAACAAGGCUAAGCAGGAAUCCGGCAAUGUUUUGACAAUCGAAACGGAGGAUUACAAGACCAAGUUCGUGGUCUCAUCGGCGACCAGGGCGCAUUGUGGCACGUUGACUUUGAAGGCGGAGAAUAGUUCUGGCAAAGAUGAGGCGUCCAUCGAGAUCCUGGUACUGGACAAACCUAGCAAACCUGAAGGACCGCUCAAGGUUUCCGACGUACAUAAAGAGGGCUGUACUCUCAAGUGGAAUCCACCAGCAGAUGAUGGUGGUGCACCUUUGGAUCACUAUGUGGUCGAGAAGAUGGAUACAGAAACCGGUAGAUGGAUACCUGUCGCACGCACUAAAGAACCCAUGAUGGAGGUAGAGAAUUUGGUGCCCGGACAAGAAUACAAGUUCCGAGUUGCGGCUGUAAACGCGGAAGGCGAAUCCGAACCAUUGGAGACCGAGCAUGGAAUCGUUGCCAAGAAUCCAUUUGAUGAGCCUGGUGCACCAGGACGUCCGGAGGCGACCGAUUGGGACAAGGAUCACGUAGAUCUGCGAUGGACUCCACCGUUAAAAGACGGCGGAUCUCCAAUCACCGGAUACGUGAUCGAGAAGCGGGAGAAGGGCGCACCCAAGUGGAUCAAGGCGUGCGAGACUGGGCCGGAUUGCAAGGGCCGCGUCGACAAUCUCGACGAGGGUGUCGAAUAUGAAUUCAGGGUCAAGGCCAUUAAUGCUGCCGGUCUCGGUGAACCGUCCGACGCUAGCAAACCGAUUACCGCCAAGAGUCGAAGACUCCCGCCGAAGAUUGACAGACGUAAUCUGCGCGAUAUAACUGUACGCGAGAACGAAGCGUUCCACUUUGACGUUAAAAUUAUCGGAGAACCACCGCCAGACGUCACAUGGGUAAUCAACAAUAAGAGCAUCCAGCAAACCACACAUCGCAGAAUACAGAAUGUGCCUUACAAUAGUAAAUUCUUCAACGACAAACCCGAACGUAAGGAUAGUGGCACUUAUAAGAUCACAGCAGUCAAUCAGCAUGGAUCCGAUACCGCCGAAGUCGAAGUCACCGUUGUCUCCAAGCCUGGCAAACCAGAAGGACCAUUAGAAGUAUCCGACGUGCAUAAAGAAGGAUGUACGCUUAAAUGGAAGAAACCUAAGGAUGACGGUGGAGAACCAAUUGAGGGCUAUCUCGUAGAGAAGUUCGAUCCAGAGACUGGUGUCUGGUUACCAGUUGGUAAAACUACUGGGCCCGAGAUGAAGGUUGAAGGGCUUACACCAGGACAUGAGUACAAGUUCCGAGUCAAAGCACUAAAUAAAGAAGGAGAGUCCGAACCAUUGGAAACCUUUAGCUCGAUCGUAGCGAAAGAUCCGUUCACUGUACCAACUGCACCUGGAGCACCGGAACCGGUCGAUUGGACAGCUAAUCAGGUUGAACUUGCCUGGAAAGAACCUGUCAGCGAUGGUGGAUCGCCUAUCACGGGCUACAUCAUUGAGAAGAAAGAUAAAUACAGCACUAUGUGGGAGAAAGCUUUGGAGACCGGGACACCGGUCACCAAAGCUUUGGUACAUGGUCUAAUAGAAGGCAAUGAUUAUCAAUUCCGCGUGAUAGCCGUAAACAAGGCUGGUCAGUCAGAGCCCGGUGAAGCAAGCAAGACGUUUACCGCUAAGCCGCGUUUCUUGGCCCCGAAGAUUGACAGGCGCAAUUUGAGGGACGUUACCCUGUCCGCUGGCUCAAUGCUGAAAUUCGAUGCCAACGUGAUCGGCGAGCCACCGCCACAUAUCGAGUGGCGUUAUGGCGCAAUACCGCUUCAUUCCGAUCGCAAGGUGCAGAUCGACAACACCGACUACAAUACCAAGUUUAGCAUACGUCCGGUAUCGCGGGACGACAGUGGUGAUUACACUGUCACCGCCAGCAAUUCAUCAGGCAAAGACUCGGUGACGGUGCAGGUGACGGUGACGGACAAGCCGACGCCGCCUGAGGGACCGCUUCAAGUGUCAGAUGUACACAAGGAAGGAUGCAAGUUGAAGUGGAAGAGACCUAAAGACGACGGCGGCACGCCCAUCGAGUACUAUCAAGUGGACAAAAUGGAUCCGGAGACUGGAUGUUGGGUACCCUGCGGACGUUCUACCGAACCGACUCUCGAGGUGACAGGUCUAACACCUGGCAAGGAGUAUCUCUUUCGGGUGGCUGCUGUCAAUGCCGAGGGCGAAUCGAAACCUUUGGAAGCGGAGCAGACGAUAGUUGCCAAAAAUCCAUUUGACGAACCAGGCAAACCGGGUGAUCUUCGAGCCACUGACUGGGAUAAGGAUCACGUCGACUUGAAAUGGACUCCGCCGGAGAAUGAUGGCGGUUCACCAAUUACUGGUUACGUAAUUGAAAAGAAAGACAAAUACGGCGAAUGGGAGAAGGCACUGGAGGUGCCUGCAGAUGAAACAUCCGCUACAGUACCGGAUCUUAUUGAAGGUCAACCAUACGAAUUCCGCGUGCGUGCCGUGAACAAAGCUGGACCUGGUGAACCGUCGGACGCCACGCCGACUAUCAUCGCCAAACCACGCAAUCUAGCGCCCAGGAUUGAUCGUACCAACCUAAUUGAAGUAAAGAUCAAGGCCGGUCAAAACUUUAACUUUGAUUGUAAAGUAACGGGUGAGCCACCGCCAACUACCAAAUGGAUGUUGAACGGUAAGGAGGUCCGACCGAGUGAGCGUGUUAAAGUAAAGCACGUGGAUUACAACACUAGUUUGAACGUGCGAAUGGCUACGCGUGCGGAAUCCGGCAAAUACACUGUCACUGCCGAGAAUAUUAACGGCCGAGAUGAGGCGUUCGUCAAAGUAACUGUGCUGGAUAAGCCGAGUCCACCUCAAGGUCCACUCCGCGCAUCUGACGUGCACGCCGAGGGUUGCAAACUCACGUGGAAACCGCCUGAGGAUGAUGGUGGGCAGCCAGUUGAGAAAUAUGUUGUGGAAAAAAUGGACGAGGCCACAGGUCGUUGGGUGCCGGCCGGAGAGACUGAUGGACCGGAAACGAACUUGCAAGUGGAAGGCUUGACGCCAGGGCACAAGUACAAGUUCAGAGUGCGAGCGGUUAACAAGCAGGGUAAAUCUGAGCCUCUCACCGCCAUGCAGGGCAUCGAGGCGAAGAAUCCCUUCGAUGAACCAGGAAAACCAGGUACGCCCGAGGUGAUUGAUUAUGAUAGGGACUUCGUUGAACUUCAAUGGAGUCGUCCUGAAGAAGAUGGUGGAUCACCAAUCACCGGUUACAUCAUAGAGAAACGCGACAAAUACAGUCCGACCUGGGAGAAAUGCGCAGAAAUUGAUGGCGACACAAAUCGUGGAAGAGUCGACGACCUAGUCGAGGGAACUCCAUAUGAAUUCCGCGUGAGAGCCGUCAACAAGGCUGGUCCUGGCGAAGCUUCGGAGGCGUCCAAGUCCCAUAUAGCGCGACCGAAGAAUCUCCCACCGAAGAUCGACAGGAAGUACAUGCUGGACGUGAAAGUGCGCGCUGGCAGUUUCUUCGACUUCGAUGUGCCGGUAACUGGCGAGCCACCACCAAGCAAGGAGUGGUCGCUAAAGGAUAACGUAGUGAUGGCAAGUGAUCGUAUCAAGAUCAUUAAUGAGGAUUACAACACUAAAGUGCGCGUGAUGGAGGCAAAACGUUCCGAUUCCGGCGUCUAUACGCUUGUGGCCAAGAAUGUGAACGGCAAGGAUUCUGCUACAUUAACGGUAAACGUGCUGGAUGUACCCUUGCCACCAGAAGGUCCAUUGAAGAUCGACAACGUCACUAAAAACGGCUGCAAUCUGAAGUGGCGGCCGCCCAAGGAUGACGGCGGUUCUGAGAUCCAAUACUAUCAAGUUGAGAAAAUGGACAUGGAAAAUAUGCGCUGGGUGCCUGUGGCUGAGGCUAACACCACCUCAGCACAGGUGGGCCACCUGAUUGAAGGACACGACUAUCAGUUCCGUGUUCGAGCGGUCAAUAAGCAAGGCGAAUCUCAGCCAUUGACGGGAAUGGACACUAUCACUGCCAAGGAUCCGUUUGCCAAGCCAGACAAACCUGGUACGCCGGUCGCCACCGAUUGGGAUAAAGAUCAUGUGGAUCUGGAAUGGACACCACCUAAGAAAGACGGCGGAUCGCCUAUAACCGGCUACAUUAUCGAAAAACGACCUCGUUUCGGACAAUGGGAAAAAGCCGCCGAGAUACCCGGAAACCAGACCAGCGGUAGAGUACCUGAUCUGACCGAGGGUCAAGAAUACGAGUUCAGAGUCAUCGCUGUGAACAAGGGCGGACCUGGUGAACCGUCCGAAGCAUCGGCACCAAUCGUUGCUAAGCCUCGUUUCAUUGCUCCUUCGUUCGACACACAUUUGCUGCACGAUUUGGUGGUUCGUGCCGGUCAGAAGAUCAGUUACAACAUUCCUAUUGUGGCGUCACCUAAACCGAAGGCAACGUGGAAUCGCGAUGGUGUACAGAUUGUGUCCGAUGCUCGUCAUGAGAUGUACACCACUAACACUGAAACUUCCUUCGAGAUUCCAUUCUCUGUCCGUGGUGAUACUGGACGUUACACUCUAACUUUGGAGAACGAACAUGGUAGUUUCAGUGCCAGCGCGAGAGUCACUGUCCUCGAUAGACCGGCACCGCCAGAGAAGCCUUUGGAUGUCAGCAAUGUCACUAAAGAGGGUUGCCACUUGACAUGGGGACACCCUCUUGAUGAUGGCGGAAGCCCUAUUUUGCACUAUGUUAUCGAGAAGAUGGACUUGUCUCGUGGAACUUGGUCUGACGCCGGUAUGAGCAUGGUGUUGAGCCACGAGGUCAACCGUCUGAUUCAUCGCAAAGAAUAUCUAUUCCGUGUUAAAGCUGUUAAUAACAUCGGAGAAUCCGAUCCGCUCGAGACUACGAAAAGCAUCAUCGCGAAGAAUGAAUUUGAUGAACCGGACGCGCCUGGUAAACCGCAAAUCAUGGACUGGGACAAAGACCAUGUAGAUUUACAAUGGCCGGUGCCAAAGAAUGACGGUGGAUCACCGAUCACAGGCUAUAUUGUUCAGAAGAAGGAGAAGGGCAGCCCUUACUGGGUGAAUGCAAUACACGUGCCGGCUGGCCAAAACAGCACGACUGUUCCGGAUCUGACAGAAGGUCAGGAUUAUGAAUUCCGUGUGAUCGCUGUCAACGCCGCCGGUCAAUCUGAACCGUCGGAACCUAGCGAUCUCGUCACUGCCAAACCUCGUUUUCUGGCUCCGAAAAUUAAGACGCCCUUACAGGACGUUCGUAUCAAGGCUGGACUUAUUUUUCACGUGGAUAUCGACUUCAUCGGCGAACCGACGCCGGACGCAACUUGGAGUGUAGGAAGCAACGAAUUGACUUCCAAUGACAGAACGACGAUCACAUCGAUUGGCUAUCAUACAAUUGUGCAUAUCGUCAACGCUAAAAGAACCGACUCGGGAUUAUACCAUUUGUUACUAAAGAAUAGCAGCGGCAUAGAUGAAGGUAGCUUCCAAGUGACUGUCUUGGAUAAACCUGGACCACCGGAAGGUCCUUUGCAAUAUGAGGAAAUCACUAAUCAAUCCGUCACGCUCUCGUGGAAGCCACCCAAGGAUAAUGGAGGCAGCGAACUUACUGGAUAUGUUAUUGAAAAGCGCGAUCUCACGCAUGGUGGUGGUUGGGUGCCAGCAGUUACACAUGUUAAUCCUAAGUAUAAUCAUGCCACUGUGCCAAGAUUGCUGGAAGGAACUACCUACGAAUUUCGCGUGUCUGCAGAAAAUCUUCAGGGUCGCUCUGAACCAUUGACCACCGAUCGAUCUGUUGUUGCCAAAAAUCAAUUUGUUGUUCCUGGACAACCCGGCAAGCCAGAAUGCGUGGACGCCGAUAAAGAUCACAUCAAGAUCAAAUGGACUCCGCCUAUUAGCAACGGCGGCUCCAAGAUCAUUGGUUACGAUGUGGAGCGUCGUGAUCGUGCUACAGGUCGUUGGAUAAAGCAGAACAAAGAACCUGUCAGAUAUCCUGAAUAUUACGAUGAUCAUGUGACCGAGGGUCAUCAAUAUGAAUAUCGCGUAUCGGCUAUAAACGCCGCAGGUGCCGGAAAACCGAGCGAGACUUCAUCCGUGUUCACGGCUAAACCUAUGAAGGAGAAACCAAAACUUCAUCUGGAUGCUCUAAUUGGACGUAAGAUCAAAGUUCGCGCUGGAGAACCAAUCAAUGUCAACAUACCGUUGUCUGGCGCGCCCACGCCAAAGAUCGAAUGGACCAAGGAUGGAAGAUCGCUCAUAGAAACUCUUCGCUUAUCUACUGAGACCAAGAGCGAUCGAACACAACUUCUAAUUGAAAAAUCCGUGCGAGAUGACGGUGGCAUGUAUACUGUGACGGCGACGAAUGAGCAUGGAAAAGAUUCGGCUGACAUCGAAGUGAUAGUCGUGGAUAAACCUGGACCACCUCAGGGUCCUUUGCAAUACACUGGUACGACGCAGGAAUCCGUCGGCCUGUCCUGGAAUCCACCGGCGGACAAUGGCGGAUCUGAUAUCACGAACUACAUUGUCGAGGUUUCUGAUUAUGAUUCUGACAAUUGGCGACAAGUGCCAGGAUAUGUUCCUCGGACGAACUUCACGGCGAAGGGCUUGACUGAAGGCAAAAAGUAUGUCUUUAGAGUUCGUGCCGAGAACAUGUAUGGUGUGUCAGAGCCCUUGGAGGGCAAACCCGUGAUUGCCAAGAGUCCGUAUGAUCCACCGGAUGCACCAAAUCAACCUGAAAUUCUUGGUUACACUCCUAAUAGCUGCAGUCUCGCAUGGAACCCACCUAUCAAUACCGGAGGAAAGCCUAUAACUGGUUAUUAUGUGGAAAAGCGUGAGCGCGGCGGCGAAUGGUUGAAGGUCAACAAUUACCCGACACCGAACACGACAUUUACCGUGCAGGAUCUUCACGAAGGUUCGCGAUAUGAGUUUAGAGUGAGUGCUGUUAAUGAGGCUGGACCUGGAAAACCCAGCAAACCCACUGAACCAAUCAUAGCCGGACAUCAACGCUUACGUCCUGAUGCACCUGAACCACCCAAGGCAGACAGGAUCACCAAGGAUUCAGUGACCCUGAGCUGGCGAUCACCGCGAAGCGACGGUGGUUCAAAGAUUCGAGGAUACAUCCUCCAAAAGAAGGCCAAGGGUGAUGACGAUUGGUCAGAUGUAAACGGUGCGCCCAUACCGAGCAACGUAUAUACUGUGCCAAAUUUGAAAGAGGGCGAGGAGUAUCUCUUCAGAGUGUUUGCAGUGAAUGAUGUCGGCAGCAGCGACCCGAGCCGACCCAGUAAUCCAAUUGUCAUCGAAGAACAACCUAACAAACCAGUUAUGGACCUUGGUGGAGUCCGUGACAUUACCGUUCGCGCCGGCGAGGACUUUUCUAUUCACGUGCCUUACAUUGGCUUCCCCAAACCGACCGCCACGUGGUUUGCCAAUGACGUCGUUAAGGAUGAAACCGAUCCACGUGUGCAUCAACAGCUGGCUGAUGAUUUCGCCAGUUUGGUAGUGAAGAAUGCAAAACGUUCAGAUGGAGGGCAGUAUAGACUCCAGUUACGCAACUCAUCUGGAUUUGAUACAGCAACCGUUAACGUCAAGGUCCUCGAUCGUCCUAGUCCACCCGAAAAUCUUCGCGCGGAUGAAUUCGGUGGCGACGCUCUUACUCUCUUCUGGAAUCCGCCCAAGGACAAUGGCGGUGCUGACGUCACUAAUUACGUGAUCGAAAAGAAGGAACCAAAGGCCGCCACAUGGUCUAAGGUAAGCAGCUAUGUUACGACACCGUUUGUGCGAGUCAGAAAUUUGACGGUCGGUCAAGUUUACGAGUUCCGGGUGAUGGCGGAGAAUCAAUAUGGUACGUCGGAUCCAGCGACGACAAUCGAUCCCAUUAAGGCGCGACAUCCGUUCGAUCCUCCGGGUGCACCUGGCACACCUCGCGGUGUGGAGACUACCGAGGAUAGCAUCACCAUUACCUGGACCAAACCUCGUCACGACGGUGGUUCACCGAUCCUCGGAUAUGUCAUCGAGAAGCGUCUUCUGAACGAAGAUAAGUGGGUCAAGGCCACACCGGCUCUGGUACAUGACACCACUUACAAGGUUACUGGAUUGAUUGAGAAUCAUGAUUAUGAGUUUCGGGUAGCUGCGGAAAAUGCUGCCGGUCGCGGACCAUGGAGCUCCAACUCCGACGUUAUUCGCGCCAGCGCUGCACCAUUCCCACCAAAGAUCACGAGCGACCUUAGCAUCCGCGAUAUGACUGUGAUUGCCGGAGAACCAUUCACCAUUACGGUGCCAUAUACGGCAAAUCCCAAACCAAGACCGAAUUGGUCUAUUAAUGGCGAAGAGGUUCUCACUGGUGAAAGGAUCAAGUUCGAGACAACCGACGUAGCCUCGCAGUUUAUUAACAAAAAAGCAAAGAGAUCGGAUACCGGCACGUACACGAUAUAUCUCACAAACACUGUCGGCACGGAUUCCGCCUCAUGCAAGGUCCUAGUUGUCGACAAACCGUCGCCACCUUUAGCGCCUUUGGAUAUCUCCGAUAUCACUCCGGAAACCUGUACUUUGACAUGGAAACCACCCUUCGAUGAUGGCGGUUCGCCAAUCACGAAUUACAUAGUCGAGAAAUUGGAUCCGGCCGGCUUCUGGGUGAAGCUUAGCAGCUUUGUGAGAAGCACGCAUUACGAUGUGAUCGGUCUGGAGCCGAAUCGCACGUACAACUUCCGCGUAAGAGCAGAGAAUCAGUACGGAAUAUCCGAUCCGUUGCAAGCUGAUGAACCGAUAACAGCUAAAUUCCCAUUCACGGUGCCAGAUCCACCUGGACAGCCACGAAUCAUCGACUGGGAUACUUCGAAUGCCACGGUGGUCUGGACAAGACCAUUGUCCGAUGGUGGUUCUCGUAUCCAGGGCUAUAAGAUCGAGUUCCGCGACCCUGCUGAGGAUGUGCAAUGGCGCGUGGCAAACGACUACCUUUUCAAGGAUACCACAUACGUGUGCUAUGGUCUGAUGAGCGGUCAUGAGUACGAAUUUAGAAUCCGCGCAAAGAACGCGGCCGGUUUCAGUAAGCCAAGCCCACCGUCCGCGCCGUUUAAACUCAAGAGCAAGUUCAAUGUACCAUCGCCACCUGGCACACCACAAGUCAUCAAGGUCGGCAAGAAUUACGUUGAUUUGCGAUGGGAACCGCCCGUGUCUGACGGCGGUAGCAGGAUCACUGGCUACGUGAUCGAGAAGCGCGAGGUGGGCAGUGCGAUGUGGUCCAAGUGUAACGAGUAUAAUGUCGUCGAUACCGAGUACACGGUCAUGCACUUAAUUGAGCGGGGUGACUACGAAUUCAGGAUCUUUGCGGUGAACGCGGCUGGCAGAUCCGAGCCAAGCUCAUGCACUACCCCAGUGAAAAUCUGCGAGGUCGAGGGUGGCGAGAAACCGGAAUUUAUAAGAAAUCUGCCAAUCAGUCAGAUUAUACCACUUGGCAAGACUCUUGUUCUCGAAUGCGAGGCCACGGGUAAACCACUGCCAACUGCCAGGUGGCUGAAGAACGGUCGUGAGAUCACUUUAGGAGGUCGCUUCCGCGCCGAAGCAAUAAACGGCAUUUAUAGAUUGGUGAUAUCCGAAGUAUGGGACGCAGACGACGGCGAUUAUAGCUGCCAAAUAUCGAAUCCGCUCGGCAUCGCCGUGACCACGUGCAGGCUAAAGAUCGGCACGCCGCCACGCAUCGAGCGCAUGCCGAACGAUCUCUAUCUACCGGAAGGCGACAACACGAAGAUUAAGAUUUACUACAGUGGCGAUCAACCGAUGGAAGUGACUCUGAAGAAAGAUGGUCGCCAAAUCGUGGAGACAACGCACAUCAAAUACACUGUGUUCGACGAGUACCUUAUUAUCUUCAUCAAAGAUAUCCAAAAAGACGAUGCAGGCAUUUAUGAUUUGUCCAUUUCGAACGACAGUGGCAGCGUCAGCGCGUCCUUUAACGUAUACAUUACUGGAUUGCCCGGACCGCCAACUGGACCGCUUGAUGUUUCUGAUAUCGAUAAGCAUACAUGCACCUUGUCCUGGCAUCCACCCAAAUAUGAUGGUGGUCUACGAGUCACCCACUAUGUGGUGGAGCGUCGCGAUGUCAGCCACACGCAUUGGAUCAUCGUGUCAUCCUUCUGUAAAGACUGUACUUUCGUCGUGCAAGGACUUACCGAGGGUCAGGAGUAUCUUUUCCGAGUGAUGGCCGCCAACGACAACGGCAUGGGCCCGCCGUUGGAGGGUACUAACCCGAUCAAGGCCAAGGCACCGUUUGAUCCACCUGGACCACCCGGUACGCCUAAAGUCAUUGAAGUGGGUGGAGACUUUGUCAAUCUUUCAUGGGAGAAACCAGAAACGGACGGCGGUGCCAAAAUCCAGGGUUACUGGAUCGAUAAAAGAGAAGUUGGCAGUCAGGCAUGGCAGCGUGUAAACGUCAGUAUCUGCCUACCAACGCAGAUCAAUAUUAGCAAUUUGAUUGAAGGAAGGCAAUACGAGUUCCGGGUAUUUGCUCAAAAUGUUGCAGGACUUAGUCCUGAAUCGAAAGCUUCGACCUCUGUGAAGAUUGUUGAUCCACAAGCGGCGAAGCCUCCGGAAAUCAUUCAACCUCUUCAGAAGGUGAAUUGCGUCCAGAAUCACAAUGCCCACUUCCAAUGCAAGAUUAUCGGCACACCGAAGCCAAACAUCACUUGGUUCAAGGGCGCCCGCGAGAUUGUAAGCGGUAGUCGCUAUAACAUCUAUUCCGAGGGCGAUACCCACAAUCUCAUCAUCCACGAUGUGUUCGGCGAGGACGCCGAUGAGUAUUUCUGCCGUGCGGCAAAUAAAUGCGGCGUGAAAUCCACGAAGGGUGAACUCUUUAUCAAGACACCGCCGAAGCUAAAUGUGCCGCCACGUUUCCGUGAUACUGCCUUCUUCGACAAAGGUGUGAACGUUGUCAUCAAGAUUCCAUUUACCGGUUAUCCGAAACCAAAGAUUACGUGGGUACGCGAAGGUGAGGUGAUCGAGUCUGGUGGACAUUACGCUGUCGAGGUGAAAGAGCGGCACGCUGUGUUGACGAUACGUGAUGGCAGUCGUAUGGACUCCGGUCCAUAUCGCAUCUCCGCCGAAAAUGAUCUCGGUCAGGAUACAGCCAUCAUCAAGAUUCAGAUCAGCGAUCGUCCAGAUCCGCCUAGAUUCCCGCAAGUGGAUAAUGUCGGUCAUGACUCGCUAGCUGUCAGCUGGAAACCGCCAGUUUGGGACGGCGGCAGUAACAUCACCAACUAUGUGGUGGAGAAGCGUGAGCAUCCGAUGAGCAGCUGGAUCCGUGCUGGCAACACUCGUUUCUGCACGCUUGCUGUAACCGGUCUUAGCCCCGGAAAGCAAUAUGAUUUCCGGGUGUGUGCAGAGAACAUCUACGGUCGUUCGGAUCCGAGUGAAGUGACGCCGUUGAUCACUACGAAGGGCGUGAUCAAACGCGAGUUCAAGAAGAAAGAAUAUGAGGUAGACGCGAGCGGCAAGAAAAUACGUGGCCGCGAAGAUGAGAAGCCGCGCGACUAUGACCAGUUCGUGUUCGACGUGUAUAGUAAAUACGUGCCGCAGCCAGUUGAAAUCAAGCACACAUCAGUUUACGACAAAUAUGACAUUCUGGAGGAGAUCGGUACUGGCGCGUUCGGCGUAGUACACCGCUGCCGCGAGAGGACCACUGGUAAUAUCUUCGCUGCUAAAUUUAUCCCGGUAUCGCAUGUGAUGGAAAAGGAGCUAAUCAGAAAGGAGAUCGACAUCAUGAAUCAACUGCAUCAUCCCAAGCUGAUCAACCUGCACGACGCCUUUGAAGAUGAUGAUGAAAUGGUACUGAUUUUCGAAUUCUUGUCCGGCGGAGAACUAUUCGAAAGAAUUACGGCUGAGGGUUAUACUAUGUCCGAGGCGGAAGUCAUUAAUUAUAUGAGGCAGAUCUGUGAGGGCGUCAAGCAUAUGCACGAGAAGAACAUCAUCCAUCUCGAUAUUAAACCCGAGAACAUCAUGUGCCAAACUCGUAACAGCACGAAUGUGAAACUGAUCGAUUUCGGUCUAGCUACUAAACUCGAUCCGAACGAAGUAGUAAAAAUCAGUACAGGCACGGCUGAAUUUGCCGCCCCCGAGAUCGUUGAACGUGAACCUGUCGGUUUUUACACCGAUAUGUGGGCUUGUGGUGUACUAGCUUAUGUCCUAUUGAGCGGUCUUUCACCAUUCGCCGGUGAUAACGACAUCGAGACCUUGAAAAAUGUGAAGGCAUGCGACUGGGACUUUGACGAGGAGGCAUUCCGCGACGUUUCCGAGGAGGGUAAAGAUUUCAUCAGACGACUACUCGUCAAAAAUAAAGAGAAGCGCAUGACUGCGCACGAGUGUCUCCUUCAUCCAUGGUUGACCGGCGAUCAUAGCAAGUGGACCAAUCCAAUCGCUAACAGUCGUUAUCUUAGCAUCAGAGAUAGAUUGCGUGCCAAGUACGAAAACUGGGACAAGUAUGUCCUUCCCAUUGGUCGCCUAGCCGAGUACUCAUCGCUCAGGAAACUUUUAAUCGAGAAAUACAGAAUUUAUGAUUCUUGUUUCGAUCGUCGACAAGCAGCACCGAGAUUUGUCAUCAAACCGCAAAGCGCGUUCGCCUAUGAAGGACAGAGUGUGAAAUUCACUUGUCGCGUGAUCGCGAUUGCGGCACCAACCUUAUCUUGGUCACAUAACAAUCAAGAGUUACGGCAAUCUGUUAAAUUUAUGAAGCGAUACCACGGUGACGAUUACACCUUUAUUAUCAACAGAGUUAAGUUGGAAGAUAGAGGAGAGUACAUUAUACGCGCGGAAAAUCAUUAUGGUUACCGUGAAGAAGUCGUCUUCCUUAAUGUACAACCACUGCCGAGAGAAAUUCCGAAGUACAGGCCCGAGCUGCAUCCUGUACGUAGACGAGAACCACUUGGGUACAACGUGUGGUUGGAGACGAUCGAGUCGGCGCCGAGCUUCACGUUCCUGUUGCGACCACGUGUCAUACAGAUCAGGCAGACUUGCAAGCUGCUCUGCUGUCUGAGCGGCAAUCCACCGCCCACCGUGAAAUGGUACAAGGACAGAGAAGAAUUAUCCAAGUACAAUUACCCCAUGAGCAACGCCGACGGUGUCGUCACAAUGGAGAUCGUUGACUGCAAGCCGGAGGACAGCGGCAAAUAUCGUUGUGUGGCAACUAAUAAACAUGGCAAAGACGAGACUAGUUGCGUAGUCAUCGUAGAAGGCACUGGAGAAACGGAGGAGCAAGUAAAAUUAGUGCACGACCUCCUACAUUCCGGAGAUCGAAAAUUCAUCGAGCAACCACUGAAACCGGCACCACCGCCGAUCGUAACAGUUCACAAGUAUAGUUCCACAAACAUUCAAAGUCAAUCAAGCUCUUCAUACAAUGGCAAACAUAAUUCCACGAUCUCCUCAUAUAAGGAUAGCUCCAGUGUCAAAAUAAACGAAUCAUCUGAUAAACGAAGCAUAAAGAAAUACGGCUCGAAACUCGACACUACUGGCAGUCCGUCUCGAUCCAGAAGCACCACAAAAGAACUUAUCCUACCCUCAGACGAUUCGAUGAGACAGCCGCAAUUUACUCAAAAGUUAAAGAAUCUCACGAUCAACGAUGGCGAACAUCUGGAACUCACAGCUAAAGUCGACGGCGAUCCGGAGCCGCAAAUUACUUGGAGUAAAGACGGCAAGACGCUGAGUUCGUCAGAGAUUGUCGAUCUCAAAUACAAGAACGGGGUGGCCACUCUCACGAUCAACGAGGUAUUCCCUGAGGACGAAGGCGAAUACGCGUGUCUUGCGACUAAUAGCAUCGGCAGCGACACGACAUCCUGCAAACUGACUGUAAAACCUGUGGAGAACGCCGCCAGAAAGAAACAGAGCGACGAUAAAUCGCCGAAGAUCGUCGAUCACUUAACGAGCAAGUAUGUAAAAGAUGGUGAGGCUGUGACACUUAGCUGCCGAAUAAUCGGUGCGAAGAAGUUUGAUGUGGUGUGGCUGCAUAAUAACAAAGAGAUCAAGCCUAGCAAGGACUUUCAAUAUACUAGUGAGGCUAACAUCUACAAGCUAAUCAUCGCCGAGAUAUUCCCCGAGGACUCCGGUACUUACACGUGCGAAGCUUUCAACGACGCAGGAGAGAGCUACUCGUCGUGCACGUUAAGCGUACUCGCUUUAAACGAAGAGCCGAAAAGCCCAGCGUUCGCGACAUUCCCACAAUCUGCAACAGUGAGUGAAGGCGAGUCGGUUACUUUCACGUGCAAGACUGAUACCGCGCCUUUGAAAGUGACUUGGUUGAAAGAUGGUAAGGCGAUCCCCGAGACGAGCAGCAGAUAUCACUUCAGCUCGGACGGCAGCACGUCCUUCGAAUUCGGCAUUAAAACGUGCACGGCCAGCGAUGUUGGUCAAUAUUUGGCGCGUGCGAUCGGUCAGAAAGGCGAAACGAACUCUGCGUUUGCUCUUAACGUCGUCACUCCCGGCGAGUUGUGAAAUCAAACUUGAUACCGGGUUAUAUGUCGAUUUAGCGCGGUCGAUGACAGAAUGAGAGCUUCUCUGAUAUAUUCUUUGUGGAGAAUUCUGAAUUAUUUCGUGAAUAUUGAAGAGUAC